AUGCAACCCUCCGCCACGACCAUCAUGACCACGACGACGACGAGUGGGAGUCAGGGAGGGGCCACGACGACCACCACAACCACCACUGCCACCGGAGGAGGGGGAGGAGCGGGUGGCCGGAAUCAACCGCAACAGACCCCAUCGGGCAAUGGUUCGUGCUGCUCCAUACCGCCACCGAUACUGUUCCUUUUCCUGACGCUGCUCAUGACAUCCAGUGCGACGGCCAUGCUGUGUGCCGCCAUCAUGACCGAUCACUGGGAGCACGUGUCCUGGGAUCGCACCAGCCUGGACCGGAUCAGCAACGAGAGUGCCAUCGAGCUGCAGUGGUACCUGGACGGGCGGGCUGCAAAGAUUCCGCUCAAGGGCAAAGGACUCCCGUCAACCCCGAACCACCAUCAACACCACCACCACCAACAGAAGGGCGCUCCAUCGGCGCCGGUCAGCACCGACAACCGGGCCGGCGUGUUUCUCGUGCCGAUGAACGGAGGCAUCUGGACGCUCUGCAUCGACCUGACGCCCGAGGAGAUCCGCACCAUGUCGAACGAUGGGUUUCCGCAGGUCGAACAGUGCGUGAACUAUCUCGCCGGCACGAUGGAGAGCGCCCAGGGCAACGACGAGGACGCGAGGGCCGAUUGGCAACACAGUGAGUCCCAGGCCUCCUUACAUCCGCAUUUAAGAAUGCAGAACUUAUCGAUUUCCUGUUCGCUCGUGUGCCUCAUCAUACUUGGCAGUGCGGCGCUGGUGGGUGCCUUCGGCGUCUGUCAGCGUCAGAUCAGUGCCGUGCUGGUGACGGGCGUGAUGUACCUGCUAGCUGCUCUCUUUGCCUUGUUCACGCUGAUGAUAAUACACUUCAAGCGGCAGCAAGGACGACCGCUGCUCGACAGCGACUUCGACGGUACCAUCGACGGUGUGGUGGCCAUCAAGGGAACCGCCCGUGCCGCAUCGAAAUUUCUCGGUGCCCGAAUCUUCGUCACCGCCUGGAGCUUGGACCUCGGCUGGGGCGGGGUUGUCCUGUGUGCGUUCACCUCCUUCCUGUGGAUUUUGCUCUCCAAAAUCAUGCGCUUCAAUCCGCUGUCGGCAAUGAUUUGA